CGUUUCUUCCAUUACUUCUCUUUCCAAACCCAAAUCAACAAACUGGAAAAAAGGAAAAAAGAAAGGAAAACAGAAAAUUAAAAUAAAAAAUAAAAGGAAACCUUUUCAUUCACGAGAAAGCGUUUGACAACAACACAAACACCCCCCAAACACAACAACCUCGUCGUCAUAUUUCCAUAUCGUUUUCUUGUAUUCAAUGUCUUUCUUUACCUUUUCCUCGUCUUUUCCUUCGCUCCUGUGACCGUCAUUAAAACACACUCAAGAUGCAUCUCUCUUAUUCUUCUCUGCUUCUGGCUCUCUUUGGCAUCCAUAUGAUGAGCCGCUGCAUUUGUAUCUCUGAUUUGGUUUAAUCCAGAAGAAGAAGAAGAAGAACAUUUUGGUCAGGAUCGAUGGAGAAGAAGAAAUAUCCGAUAGGACCCGAGCACUACACGCUCUACGAGGAGGUCGGCCAAGGUGUAAGCGCCUCCGUACACCGUGCUGUAUGUAAGCCCUUCAAUGAGGUUGUUGCCAUCAAAAUCCUCGACUUCGAAAGAGAUAAUUGUGAUCUGAAUAAUAUAUCACGUGAAGCGCAAACAAUGAUCUUAGUUGAUCAUCCUAAUGUCCUCAAAUCGCAUUGUUCCUUUGUUAGUGAUCAUAAUUUGUGGGUUGUCAUGCCAUUCAUGGCCGGGGGUUCUUGUCUUCACAUUUUGAAAGCUGCAUACCCUGAUGGUUUUGAGGAAGUAGUUAUAGCCACUAUAUUACGCGAGAUUUUGAAGGGUUUAGAGUAUCUGCAUCAUCAUGGCCACAUUCAUCGAGAUGUCAAAGCUGGGAAUAUUUUGAUUGAUUCACGCGGUGCAAUCAAACUUGGAGACUUUGGCGUCUCUGCUUGCCUUUUUGAUAACGGUGAUAGGCAACGGAUGCGGAAUACAUUUGUGGGAACACCUUGUUGGAUGGCACCAGAGGUUAUGGAGCAACUACAUGGUUAUGAUUUCAAGGCUGACAUCUGGUCUUUUGGUAUAACUGCAUUGGAGCUUGCCCAUGGUCAUGCUCCUUUCUCAAAGUAUCCUCCAAUGAAGGUACUGCUUAUGACCUUGCAAAAUGCACCGCCUGGUCUUGAUUAUGAAAGGGAUAGGAAAUUCUCCAAGUCUUUUAAGCAAAUGAUUGCUAGUUGCUUGGUAAAGGAUCCUUCAAAACGACCUUCUGCCAAGAAGUUGCUGAAGCAUUCUUUCUUCAAGCAAGCUCGGUCAAAUGAUUAUAUUGCACGAACACUUCUAGAGGGGCUGCCCGCUCUUGGUGAUCGCAUUAAGGAAUUAAAGAGAAAGGAAGAAUAUAUGCUUGCCCAAAAGAAAAUGCCAGAUGGUCAAAAGGAGGAACUUUCGCAGAAUGAAUACAAAAGAGGAAUUAGUGGUUGGAACUUCAAUCUUGAGGAUAUGAAGGCUCAAGCUUCUCUGAUCCAGGAUGUUGAUGAGCCUACUCCUGAUAGUAGUCAGAUGGGGAGUUCUAACUCUCUGAGUACUCUUGAUACGCAACAAAAGCAAUCACAAUGUCAAAACUUAUACCCAGUUGCAGAUACGGAAGAUAAUGAUGUGAUUCCGAACCAACAAGCUUCUCUUGCAUUUGUUAACACCACUUUUUACGAUGCCAGAGUUAGAAAUGACAAAUCGGAUGAUGACUCUAGCAUAGCCAGUUCUGGCCAUGAACUACAUAUGUCAAGGAAUUCUUCACCUCAUAGCCUUGAAAGCAAUUUGAGUGAAAAGCCUAAUGUAGAUAACAUUGGAAGAAUGAUGGAUCCUAUGGCUGGGAAUACUCAUCAUAGAAGGCAAUUCUCAACAGGCAGUUUUAUUUUGUCAGAAGUCAAUGAUACAGUUACAAAAGGAGAGAGUGAGAAACUGCAAAACCAGCCUCAAAGUCAUUCAGAUGGCAUUGCAGCAGUUCCACAACUAGCAGAUGAUAUGCUUUCAGAGGUUCCUCUUAAAGCAUCUAAAUCACCAGCAAAUACUGAUGAACUAGAUGAGAAAGCAAAGGCACCAGUUGUUCAGCAGAAAGGACGCUUCAAAGUCACAUCCGAGAAUGUUGAACUGGAAAAGGUUGUUUCAGUCGUUCCUAUUCCUUUAUUGCAAAAGAGUCACAGCUUGCAGGUUCGUAGUUUUGAGGUGAUUAGCAUGAAUCCCGCAAAUUCUCUGCAAUCAGCUCUUCCAUCACCCUUACCACCAUCACCACUAACAUCACCUUCUGAUGUCAUCUCACCAGCUCUUUCGGGCUAUUCUCUUUUCCCUCUGUUAAACUCUAUUUUGCAGACAAAUAUUAUACAAAGGGAGAAUAUUCUUACUUUAAUGAAGCAAAUUGCUCCUGGAGAUUUCACAGCCAACCGUUCAGCGGAUGGAGGAUCCACCCAGGCUACUAAUGGGAUAGAGAAACCUUUGCUUCAAGCUAAUGAAAGGGAGACGGAGUUAGUUAAUGAAAUAUCUGAGUUGCAUAAGAGGCUCAUGAUUGCCCAAGACGAGCUACAAAAAUUAAAAUUAGAUCCGGCUUAAUACUGAGGUAUGAUUCCAUUAUCCAAGUGCUGGGACUCAAGUAAAACAAUACUGAAAACUGUAAGCAAAAAGAAAAAAGAAAUAAUAUAUGACUAGCUAACAGGUGUAUCAUUAAAGAUAAGAGGCAUGUGUCGUUAAGGUGCUGUUAAUCUCCUUUUUAUAGGUUUCCCUCUAAUUUAAUUAGCUUCACUGAUGAUGUUAGCUGUUUUAUAGUUGAUCUGGAUGUAAAGUUGUAUAUAUAGAUUACGUUAAUUAUGUAGCA